GGAACAUGUCACAUCCGCUGUACCAGGCAGACUGUGACUGCUAGAUCAUCGUCUCGUCUUGAAGUAGAUCUUGAAUACUAAUAAUGGCAUUGGCUGGUGUCACAAGUCUUCUGUGCAUGAUGAUCGUGGGUGCCAUAGGGUUUGUCUCAGUGAGCGGGAACAUUGGUGGAUCCCAUCCAGGACAAGGAAGCCUGAUACCAGCUGAAAGUCGCCCAUGUGUGGAUUGUCAUGCAUUUGAGUUUAUGCAGAGAGCUCUCCAGGACUUAAGAAAGACAGUGUAUAACUUAGACUCACAGACAGAAAUGCUUCUCAUGAGAACUGAAAAAAGAGGCUUAUGUGACUGUCUUAAGGGAAUCCGAUAAGGAGGUGAAGGAUCAGAAGCCCAAGCGACGGUCACAACAUAAGUGGGUUAUGAGACCUGCUGUGAUCAUUUGAGAGCUGCUGCCACAUAGUAUUGAUACAUCAAGUUGAACAAAUUAACCACAGCAUUUAUAAUGUAUUUUAUAUAUGUAUCACAAUGCAAUAUAUAUCCUAGUUACACAAACCAGUGCCAAAGUGCCACUACUGCACACUGUUAGCAAAUUAUUUACUAGAUUUUAUGCAUUAAGUGUUCAGCUUGCUGCUUAAAUAAAUCAUACAUUGAUUAAAAUAUAAAUGAAAAAUAAAUUUGUACUCCACUCUUAAAAAAGAAAAAGAAAAUUGGCAUACAUGUGAUAAAAAUAUAAAUAUAUUUAAAUUAUAUUUUUAAAGAAACAUAGUAAUGAACUGCUGUUUUUUUUUAAAAUCAGAAGUAGUUAUUUUAUGUUGAUUUACAACUCAAAAUACCACAAACACACCAUUGAUCACUAUAUAUAUAUAAUACAUACUGACAUUUUAUAUAAUCCACAUAGUGACAUGCAAACUUUGACCAAAGUGUUAUAUUUGUUGAUGCCUGUUGCAUUAAAAAUAUAUUUUAAAAUUUCACACGCAGAUUUUUUUAACACACCUCAAAAUUGCAUAAUCAUAUAUUAUAUGUUGUUAAUAAAUAUGCAUAUCACUCA